AUGGCAACGUACCGUCAAGGCCGUGAUGCGCAGGUUCAGUACUCUUACUCGGCUUUGCGCCCAGUGAUGGCCUCUUCAGUGGAGACACCUACUGCGCCAGUUUCAGCGAGAGUGCAGAGAAGGCUAACCCGAGAAGAAACCCGACAAAGCCGAGACAUGGUGCAAUUUAUCUCGAAGUCCUUCUACACCACUGAGGAGGAGAAUGCAGUUAUACGAGUCGUGCGGAUCGGCGCCCUGCAUGGCGAAUGCAGCGUGAAUUGGAGAUCAGAAGACGGUUCUGCGCACAAAGGCGAGAAGUACCAAGCUGGUGCUGGCACUCUCGUAUUUGGCCCUGGCGAGUCUGUCCGAUCAUUCGAGGUGCAGAUCAUCAAUGAUGACUUCUUUGAUUCAAACUUAGAGUUUCAAGUCGUCCUCUCGGAUGCCGUCAAUUGCAUCAUCGACCCAGCGGGUGCCCGCUCUGACGUGAUGAUCCAUGAUGAUGAUAUGUUUCCUUCAAAUGAAUGGGAGGAAGUCCUGAAGAAGGAGGAUGAGGCUAAACUUUACGCCAUUGGCUGGGGUGUGCUAUGGGCCUUUAUCGUGUUCUGCUACAGGCACGUUCGUGAGAUCUGGUGGAAGUCUAACCUGGUUCUCCUAUUAUCAAUGCUCGGCAACGCUUAUUAUUUGGCCACAAUCUUUAUUCGUGUGUACUUAGUUGACACAGUACUUGACACAAGCCAUCCGGAGAGCUCAUCGCGACUGCUGUUCCCUGGGGAUCCGUACCUUACAGCAGCAGCGCUUGGUGCUGCGUGGAUUCUUCCCAAUUUCAUCCUCCUGGCGGCUGACUACUUUCAAAUGGCUGUUCUAGAGAUGGGCUUCAACAUUCGCUACUACUUGCGAGUGAAUCUCUUCCGAAAGUACCUUCAUUACACCGCCCAGUCUCGGGCAAAAGUGCCGGUACAGGAUCUGAAGAUUAGCAUGAUGGAUGACAUCCCAGAGCUAGUCGAGGAAGGCUAUUUGAUACUCUUUGAGCUGUGGGCCAUGUUGGGCAAGAUUGCGUGCAUUGCAUAUUUCAUGUUGCGGAAGCAUCCGGAGAGUGGCAUCCCGCUCUUAGUGUAUCCGCUGAUCAUGGCCAUAUUCCUGAAGUGCACGUAUUCCAAACGGCUAGACCUUAUGGCAAAAGAAGGUGAAGGACAAAGCAACACCACAGGAGCUGUCAUGAAUCUGAACACUUCACGGCGCGUAAUUCAGAUGUAUGGCACUCAAUCCCCGGCAGUGCGCAACUUCGAGGACAUUUUGCGCCAGCAGCGCGCACUGACGAUGGAGCUCAAACGGUUCCAGUUCUGGAACUCACAACUCAUUCCAUGGAUCACUCUCCUUGCCAUCGGCACUUACAUGGGAAUGUCAACCCGCGUGGUACUUACUGGUGCAACUUCACUUGGUUCCUUCCUGGCCACUGUAAACGUAUACAAGGAUCUGGGCGACAGAUUCUCGACAAUCUUAAAAGGCUUCACGGCACUCAGCAAGUCGAUCUCACCAUUAUGUGGGAUUAUCCUCCAGUUGAACUACGAGACCGAAAAGGGGAGCUACGACAACUUCAAGAUGCGUGAGGCGUUUGCUUUAGCCUGGAUGAGACACAUGCCUGAAGGCGCAAAUAUGGAUGACAUCCCCUUGGCUUUCACGGACGCCACUGUGACGCAUAGCCCGAGCAUGAACACAAGGAACAAAGCUUUCCAUACAGAAGCACGGCAGGGGUCGAUCAUUCAGAUUGCGGGGCCCCAUGACAGUGGGAAAAUGACGCUCUUGCAGCUGGUGGUGGGGCACCUCAUACCAUCCUCUGGGCAAGUCCUGGUAUCACCACACCUGGAGAUCCUCUACGUUCCGCAUGAGCCACUGUUCGUUCAGGCAAGUGGCAUCUUCUGCAAUCUUCACAUGAUCAGCACAUUAGAGGAGCUGAAGCAUGUGGACAGUGAGCGCGGCCUCCGAAUCCUCCAUCGCCUAUGCCUUGACAAGUCCUGGAUCAAGGAGAUGUACGAAUCUGAAGCCGAAUCACUGCGAGCCGCCGCGGCGGAACAGCCCGCCGAAGCACCGGAUCCUUUCGGAUGCUUCGCCCCCGAGGAGCAGGAGGGGGAGGAGGAGGCGAUAGAGGAUAACGAUGAAGACUGGACUGACAGGCUCAGUUCGAGUGAGCAGUGGCGGUUUCAGCUGGCACGGGCCUUCGUAGCCAACCCACAUGUUCUGGCCAUAAACCGUCCAGUGCAAGAACUCGAUGAUGACAUGAGGCAGACGGUGCUUUCCUGCAUUCAGGACUUUGUUCAAAACCGAGGCCUCGAGUUGCAGGAUGACUUUGACAUCACGCAGCGCCGUCCCCGCACGGUGAUCUUCACCACCGGCACCGACGUCCGUAUUGGCAUUGCCAACUAUGUAUGGCGCUUGGGGGAAACUGGCAUUGUUGUGGAGAAGCCUCAGGUGACACAGACACCUGCGCUGCCAGCAUUGCCUGCUCAGCCGACAUUUCCUCCCACACAGCUUCGGCUAAGUCCGUUGCCGAAGCAAUCGCCUUUUGGGUUUUAA